AUGAGUGGAAAAUUAUUAUUUUUAGUUGUUUGUGCCAUUAUUCUAAUUAUAUUUACUUUAUUUAAUAUCUCCCUUAAUGAAAGUACAUUUUCAAUUAAACAACUAGUACCAAGUAGUUGUAAUAUUGAAAAUCCAAGUUUUGAGAAACUUAGUGAUUUUUUAUAUACAAAUGUUUCAAUUUUUUGCCUUAUUCAUUCUAGUCCUAAAUAUAAGAAUAAAAGAGCAAUCCACCAAAAAGCAACAUGGUUAAAACGUUGUAAUAAUUAUAUUUUUGUGUCUUCAGAUGAGGAUAAAUCUCUUCCUGCCAUUAAAGGUGGAAAAGAAGAUGGUUAUCAAUUUUCAAAUGAACGUAUACGUUAUGGAUUAACAUAUGUUUAUGAAAAUUUUGGUAAUAAAUAUGAUUGGUUUUUAAAGGGUGAUGAUGAUAAUUAUAUAAUUAUGGAAAAUUUAAGAACAUUUUUAUUGUUACGUGAUUCAUCUAUUGAUCAAUAUUAUGGUUUUAAAUUAAAAUUAAAUCAUGAAUAUAUGAGUGGUGCUGGAUUUAUAUUAAGUAAAUCAGCUCUUGAAAAAAUGGUUACAAUUGCUUUUAAAAAUAAUACAAUAUGUAGUGAUAAACCAAAUAUUCCUGAAGAUGUUGAAUUUGGAAAUUGUCUUAAAAAUAUUAAUAUUCUACCAAUGGAUUCAAGAGAUUCAGAUAAUAAACAUAUGUUUGUUCCUUCAUCAUUUGAUGAAUUUUCAUCAAUGAUAAAAAAUUCUCAUUUUGAUGGAUUUGUAAAAAUGAGUCCUUAUGAAAUAAAAAAAGGAUAUACUUCAUUAUCAAAAUAUCCAAUAUCAUUCCAUUAUGUUACUGGUGAUAUGUUUUAUGGUCUUGAGUAUUUAUUCUAUCAUGCUAGUGUAAUUGGUAAAGAAUCAGAAGUUUACAAAUAUGAUAAAUAUUCAUACAAAAAUGAUUUCAGUAUAUCUUUUUUAAGAUUAAAAGAAUUCAUUAAAAAGUUUUAUAAAUUUGAUGCAAAUAUUUUAGAUAAUAAUUUAUAUAUAUAA